GCUUCCUCCUGGCAAACGCCCGCAUUAUGGACUACCCCAUUGUCUACUGUAAUGAUGGCUUCUGCAAACUCUCCGGGUACAAUCGCGCGGAAGUCAUGCAGAAGAGCAGCACGUGCAGUUUCAUGUAUGGCGACCUGACAGAAAAAGAAACGGUGGAGAAAGUAGAGACGGCUUUCGAAGAAACGGAACAAACACAAGUGGAGAUCCUUCUCUACAAAAAAAAUCGCACCCCACUAUGGCUACUUCUACAUAUUGCACCUAUCAGAAACGAAAAAGAACAAGUGGUUCUUUUCCUGUGUACAUUCAAGGACAUCACGGCUUUAAAACAACCAAUCGACGAAGAAGGAAGUUUAAGCAAGUUUGCCAGACUAGCUCGCUCUGUGACAAGAAACCGUUCAACUCUGCUGCAAUUCUCCUCUCAUAUGCCAAGCACCAAGUUCGACAACUCCAAACCAUCACAAAUCGCAAAUAUGAUGAGUUUAAACUCGGACGUACUACCACAAUACCGAUUAGAAGCGCCAAAAACUCCCCCUCAUAUUAUCCUCCAUUACUGCUUAUUUAAAACUGUGUGGGACUGGAUCAUCCUGUUUCUGACAUUUUACACUGCCGUUACGGUUCCUUACAACACCGCCUUCAAAAACAAAACCAUGGACCAAGUUCCACUUCUUGUCAUCGACAGCAUCGUUGACGUCGUCUUUUUCGUCGACAUUAUCCUCAACUUUCACACAACAUUUGUGGGUCCUAGUGGGGAAGUUAUCUCGGAUUCUAAAAUUAUCCGAAUGAACUACUUGAAAAGUUGGUUUGUUGUUGACGUGUUGUCGUGCCUACCCUAUGAUGUGUUCAAUGCAUUUCAAUAUGUUGAUGAUGGUAUCAGUACGCUUUUUAGUGCUCUGAAAGUUGUCCGUUUAUUAAGACUUGGUCGAGUUGUCCGAAAAUUGGACCACUAUCUGGAAUAUGGAGCAGCCAUGUUGAUACUCCUGAUCCUUGUAUUUAUUCUAUUUGCUCAUUGGUUCGCUUGUGGGUGGUACAGCAUUGGACUAAGUGAAAUUCAGAGUGGGAUAUCUUACGGUUGGCUCACCUAUUUAUCGAACACCACUGGAGACGUAUUUUAUUUUCUAAAUGGUACAUCAGAACUUGACGUCUCUGGGGGCCCAGGAAAGGGAAUGCGGUACUUGACGUCACUAUACUUCACCUUAUCGUGCAUGACCGGUGUAGGGUUUGGGAAUGUGGCUGCCAAUACAGAGCAUGAAAAGUUAUUCUCAAUUUUUAUGAUGAUUAUUGGAGCUCUACUUUACGCACUUAUCUUUUCCAAUGUAACAACCAUAUUUCAACAAUUCUACGCAAAUUUUGCUCGCUAUCACGACAUGUUGAAUAGCGUGCGUGAAUUCAUGAAGCUGCACGAUGUCCCAAAGUCUCUCAGUGAACGCGUCAUGGAUUACAUUGUAUCUACGUGGGCAAUCACCAAAGGAAUAGAUGCAACCAAGGUCUUAAAUUACUGCCCCAAAGACAUGAAAGCGGAUCUUUGUGUUCAUCUAAAUCGAAAGGUAUUUUUGGAGCAUCCUGCUUUCCGCCUAGCUAGUGAUGGUUGUCUACGAGCACUUGCUAUGCAUUUUAACAUGACUCACAGUGCCCCGGGAGACCUGAUCUUUCACCAGGGAGAGAGUCUUGAUGCUUUAUGUUUUGUUGUCACGGGGUCAUUAGAAGUCAUUCAGGAUGACGAAGUCGUUGCAAUUUUGAGUAAGGGUGACGUCUUUGGAGACAACUUUUGGAAGGAACACACAAUCGGUCAAUCAACAGCAAACGUUCGAGCACUAACUUACUGCGACCUUCAUACAAUUAAACGAGGUCGUCUUCUGGAAGUGCUGGAAUUCUACCAUGCUUUUGCCAAUUCUUUCGCAAGGAAUCUCACUCUCACCUACAAUCUUAGACACAGGUUGAUUUUUAGAAAGGUUGCUGAUGUCAAGAAAGAGAAAGAACUUGCUGAAAAAAGAAAGAAUGAUCCUCCUCUAGAGUUGUCAAGUGACCAUCCUGUUCGAAAACUCAUCUCUAGAUUUAGAAAGAUCAGUGAUGCAAAGGCGAUGCAAACUAAUACUGAUCCUGAAAAAGGGAGCAAGGCGGAUAUGAACGGAGGAGAAAGAGGAGGGCCCGAAAAGUCACGAAGUUUUGCUCGCCUUAUAAAUGUUACUGAAAACUCCGCACCUAAGACAGGUGGAGGAUCCUCGAAAUGGGGUAAAAUGGUGAAUGGCACUGGUCCUUCAGACGGUGAAGGCAAGCAGAAUAAACCAAAUAACGAAAUCAAAGAGGAGGUGAAGAAUGGGGAACCCCACAAACAGCAAUUAAAACCAGCUCCAAAGUGGGGCAAAAUGAUGGGUAGAAACAUGGAACAAAGUAAAGACAAUGAAAAAGAGGAAACUCAAAACAAUUUACGAAAGUCUGAGUCAAUGGACAGUGGUAUAAUUCGUAGCAAUGUAAAACUGGAUCUUAUUAAUGAAGAAACAGUCGAACACACAGUGCUGAUGCGAAACGAGACUAACAAUAACAUAACUAGCCGUGAUACUUCUCUCUCUGCCAUGUCAGUAGCAGAACGUCAUAUGCUGACAUCAAUUCAUGACAUUAAACUAGAAAUGAAAGAGGACAUGGACAUCUUACAUCAAAAAAUGAAUAGAAUAGACGAGCAAAUCUCUGAAAUUUUACGAAUGUUCUCUCCGAGUUCCUCUCCAUGUUCCUCAAACGAGGACUCAACUUAUCCACAUUCCAAAGACAAUUCUGGCGGGAAUACCGAAAAUAACACUAGUGCGGACCCCGCCACCGAAUCCUCGGGAGAGGAAUCUCCCAAACCCACAAUGCUUAUUUGUGAUGUGGAUUUCAUUCCUAAAGCUCCAUCUGAAAGUCCGAUUCUUAAUCUUCCAAAAGACAGUGACGCCAAUACGACAAGGUCUAAUUCCAUGUCUUUAGGUGUUUCACCGAUUAGCCGACUUUCGUCGUCAGCAAGUCAUUCUAUUUUACAGGGUAAUCAUAUAGGGCAACCGUCAGAUACUGUAACUUCGUCAAAUCUCAAAGAAUCAAAGGAGGAACCUCAGAGUGGAUCAUCAAAUAACUCUUCAAAAUCGAAUUCCUCAGCAGACAAAGGACAUCUUCAAGUACAAAAUAUCAACACCGUAUCAAAUUCGAGCCAUAAAACGUCAUCAGACAGUUCUGUUCAAAAAACAUCAAUGGCAAGUAGUGGACGUGUUUCAACUCCGGCAAGUAAUGGACGUGUUCCAUUUCCGGCUAGUAAUGGGCGCGUUCCAUCUCCGGUAAUUAGUGGAACUAAUGUAUCUCCAGCAAAUAGUGAACAUGUUCCUCCUCAAGCUACUAAAGAAAGAAACAACGCACUGCCAAGUACUAAAAGUGGAAGUAGCACAAAUUCUAACGCCAAAGAUGGAAAUAGUACACCUCCAAAGAUCAGGAAAGGUACACCACCGCCCAGGCAAGGAAUACACAAUGUAAACAAUGGAGGAAGUACGCCCCCGUCAUCUUCGAACGGUGAAAAUAAUGUAUUAUCGUCGCAAGAAAACUUGAAGACCUCAUCUGGCUAUGCUGCAAACCAGAACUCAUCAAAGAACAGUCAAAAUCCGACAUCAAGAAAGGACGAGUAUCCGUUAAUUUCUGCACUAGGACCGGCAGCUGGGUAUUCCAUGAAUCCCACGGGAAUGUCCACUCCAAGACCGAUAUCUCCUAAAUCAUCGACAAGUCAUGUGACACCGCCUAUGGGACCUGCAGCAUCAAUAAGUGACGUAAGCAUGACUGACGUGUCAAGUCCCAGAAACGUUAUUUCUAUGGCAGACGAUGUGCUUAAAAUGAAAACAAAAUCCCCUAGAGGCUCUCAGGGCCAAAGACUUAAAUACAGUUCAAAUAUUCAAAGUUUAAGUAAAGCAAAAACGGACAGGAAAGUGUCGCCGGACUCUCAGCGUCCUGAGACGCGAAGAAUCCAUGGCGGAAUUACCUUACCCCUGGACAACGAAGGGGCUCAUGUCAAGGAUCGUGACCUUGAUAUUUUAUGAGACCUUUGCCGUGUGUUCUUGAAAAAUUUCCCGAAAAUUCUGCGAAGUUGUUUUCACUGUAUGACGCAUUAU